AUGACUCGGUUAGAGGAGUGUUUUUUAGCGAAUGUGGUUUUGUACAUGGACAGCACACUGACCGCUCACGUUUUUUCUACCAUCAACAAGAAGUGUUUGGACGCUAUUAAAAUACUGAAGAUAAACCCAUCAUAUCCCGUAAACACAAACACAAAGCAACAAGACACCUUUAUACAGAAAGAGUGCAACUUCGAUUUACAACAAUCGUUCAUGCGAGAAAUCAGACUUUUUAGUAACAUCGAGACCAUUUCUUUCUCAACACAAACACUCCAAUUCUUGCCUCUUGUUCCUGAUACUAUCAAGUGCUUUCAUCUCCCUCUUGUGUCAAAGUGCCAAGUUCAAAAAGUAUUGGAACAGAAGGAAAAGAUCGUCGCCGUGUCAUUUAAGGCAAUGAAAACGCCUAUCGACUUUUCGACAUUUAACCGACUCAGUCGUAUCACUUUCAUUAUCACGUCGCCACAAAAGGUCUCCGACUUUUUGACGUCAUACAACCAACGAUUUGACUUUGUCUAUAUUCGGAUGGAAGGGUUCAUCGACUGGGAAUUUUUAGAGCACCACUCGCGUUAUAACAUCGAGAAGACCGUCCUUGAAUUUGACAAGAAGUCUCUUUUAGAGGAGGUAUUAAGAGAUAAACGGUUGUUACUCGACGUGACCAUUUGUUAUCGGAAGUGCUACAAAGGGAUGGAUCCAACUGUGAUUGUCCACACCAAAGAUGAGUUGAAUGAAUAUUUCAACAUAUCAAAAAAGGGAUUUAACGAACAAUUAGUUGAAAGGUAUUACCCCUCGAACGUCAAAAUCACUGGGUUUUGUCGGGAACAUCGAAUACUCGAUUUUACCAACUUGAGAUCUGUCAGUUCCAUUAAAUCACUUGGGUCAUCACUUGAAAUCAGGCCACCAGCGUUGUUGACAGCACUCGACUCAAAACUGAAUGUCUCCGACGUACCACUGAAAGAACUCCAUUUACAAGGAAGGAAUACACAGGAAAAUGUGUUUCCAGACACCCUCACUGCUCUUACCAUUUGCGAUUUUAAAGAAGUCAAAAACUAUACACAACUGAUCAGACUUUGCGUGUGUGGUAACAAAACAUUUCCUGCAGAUGAGUGCUACAACUUGACUUUUCUGAGCCUUUCGUGCCCUUCACCACCACCCCUUAAUAAACUCGAAAAGCUCAAAGUGUUGUGUUUUGACAGAAAAUUGGUGGAUGUUGAUAUCAAUACCAUGUACCCAACAUCGUUGGAGUCAUUGCAGUGCUAUAGUGGAGACAUCCCAAAGGAACUUGGCGUCACAAAACUGUUUUUAAACGACUCGUUGAAGAACAAUGAAAUCGAGAAGUACUCAAAACUUAAAAAAUUGAGGUUUUUAGGAACAAAUGGCGAUAAUAAGAAAUUGCCAAGUAACUUGACUUCGCUCACUAUUUCAUGCUUUGGCGCAUCUACACAGAAAAUGUCACUGAAGUACAUUGAAUGUGCGCAUGUGAAAGAGUUGCAUAUCGAAAAUUGCCUUGUCCACUCGAUUGAGUUGCCAAACCAAUUGGAUACCCUCUAUCUGCACUAUUGCAGUUUUGCUAUUUCAGGGGAGGUUUGCGUCAAAAAAUUGGCGUUGAACGAGAGCAUCAUUUCGAAUAUCGAGAUGAUAUCGAAAAGAACCCUCAAGAACAUCUACUCAAGGAAGUCAAAAAUCAGCGAGUUUGUCCAAGUUGAAUUGUACGACAAAUUUCCAUUGAUCGAGCUUGAUAAGAAGGUGCACCCGAAGGUCCACAAGGUGUCUGCUUAA